AGGGAGAGACAGAGAUUGAGAGGGAGGAGAAGGAGGGAGCGAGUUACAAGGGUCCAGUUAAUAAGAGUUAAUAGCUAUACUUAUUAUGAGCGGACUAACAAUGAUGAGUCAGUCAGCUGUACUUGUUGUCAGGCUACUGUGCCCCGUACUUCUUUUGUCGGAUUUUGGUUUCGAUGCGUUGGUUUUCCGAAAGUUUAUUGGGAUUCGUGUUUCGCUGGGAAAUGUUUUUAUAAUUUCGUGAAGUAAGUGAGGCUGAAAAAUCCAACGAUUCCCCCUCCCCUGUUUUGAAUUUGCUGUCAGGAGAGGAGUCAGGUUUAACCGAAACGUCAGUUUCAGGAUGAGAAGUGGGCGCGGGCAGGAGUGAGAGGAGGAGGAGGCAGGCAGGCAGGCGAGGCGGCGAAGGUCCACAGCAGAGCGUAGGCCAUGGCGAUGGAAGGCUACAGCGUGGUCUCCGAAGCGGUGGAGCAGCGUGUGUUCUGGGUGGACUGGUUCCAUAAUGUGCCGCACAUCAACCUCACGCUUCACUUCGUCAAUUCGACCUUUCAACCCUACUCGCCCGUGUACCAAGAGAGCCUUGGUAUCAUCGGUUCCGUUCCAGCAGGAAUAUUAAUCUUGACGUUACUGGUCCUCCUGCUGUACCUGCUGACUCGAUGUUGCGACAAUCGGCCUCGCAAGCCGGGCUCCAUCACCUGUCUCAAGGUCACCCUUGUCCUCUUCGCUAUUUUAACCUUGGGAGCUUUGGGAGUGAGCAUAUGGGGAAACGAGGAGGUUCACGAAGGGAUGACGGAGGCCAUACGCUCCUUGGACAAUAUCAACAGCAUGGUGCACUCUCUCAGCAAUCAGACCAAACUCUUUGACGAGACCAUUCGGAGGAACCUGCAGCCGCAACUGAACCUCUUCAAGGAAACCGUUCAAAGGCAAAAAUCUGAAAACCAGAGCGUGGAUAUGUUCAUUCGAGAGUCGCUUCAUUAUAUGCAAGGCAACAUCUCCGAAGUUCUUCUCAUUAAUGUGGAGGACAUCAAUUCUAUGAUGUCAGGAGCCGAGAUGGGAGGCGUGGUGCACAUGCUGGGAGUGGGUGAACUGGCCCGUUGGGUGGGCACCCAGGGCAUCACGGGCAUCCUCAUGAUCGUUGUGCUGGUGGUGAUGGUCGGGGUGGCCAAGCACUCCCGCUGCACGCUCAUAACAUUUUCUGUGUUGGGUCUGCUGGCUAUGAUCCUCUGCUGGGGUUUGACGUCACUCUAUUUGGUCUCCACUGUUGCUCUCUCAGAUUGGUGCAUGGAUCCCAAUCCAUUCCUGGAGGGUCAGCUUAGCAAGCUUGUGUCUCGAGAUGUGGCUGCUUACUACCUUCGCUGCGACCCAACACGUAAAUCACCAUUCACUCGCUACCUAACCCAUGCCAAGCAGGCAGCUGAACUUGUGAUGACAUCACUGAACAAGGUUACUACUCUGGCUGAUAGCAAUUACGAUCGUCAAGAGAUUCACCCUCGCUUGGACCACCUAGCUGCAUUUGUGAACCAGUCUCAGCGCAGUCUGGGCGGUGUAUCUGCCCUGCUUGAAUGCCAGUCUAUGCAUCACCAGUAUCGUACAGCCCUCAGUGCCACCUGCUACCAGGCUAUGUCAGGUGUUGUCUAUCUGUUACUGUCAGCUGCUGGAAGUGGGCUCCUGUUCACGAUCCUGGUCUGGUUCACCUCACACACCUGGAUCUACCUCAAUCACAAAAGAGGCUCUACUGGGCCCACUUCUACACGGCCUGGCAGGAAGAACGUGCCAGCUGUCAGAGUUUGGCUCAACACUCCACCGUCUCACCCGGCGGCUAUUGUAGCUGAGCCAGGGACCUCAGAGGAACGUGACCCCUUCCUGCCUGGUCGUGGCUCAAGAGGAGGAACGUUGACUUCCCUUGGGGCUCCUGGAUACUCAAGACCUCGUCACUCUCACACCCCACCUCAGACUCCACCAUUUCCAGGAACCUUAAAUGGACGUCACUUGUACCACAGCGAUGGGAUGGGGAGUAUAGGAGGAGGAAGUGGGUCGGCCCCUGCAACUGUAAGUACCAUGGGCCGUGGCGACAACCACCACCAUAACCACCACCACCACACACAUAGUCACAGUCAUAGUCAUUCAGUGGGUCCCAACCAAGGCCAGUAUGCUACUCUCUCCAAACAGUGCAAGACCCUCGAAUCAUCUGACUUCUACUAAAGGAUAUUGGCCACUUAACUAACAGCAUGGCUCUCUUCAUGGUAUUGUUGGACUCAGUAUUUUGCUGUAAUUUUAAGAUUGUCUUAGCACAUAAAACCUUAAUCUUCCAUGUGUAAAGAGAAAGAUCUGCUACAGGGAAGCAUGUGGAAAAGUACAAUGUCUUAAAAUGGAGGGUUUUUUUUUGUGGAAGUGGUUUAGAGUUAUUGAGCAUCUGAUGAAAGAUGAAGUGACACCUUUGCCCUUUGAAGAGGAUAAUGCCAAAUAGAAGUUAAAAAAACACAAAGCCAAAAGAUGUUCAUACUCUUGGAUAUUCCUCAGUCAUUGGUCAUUUGGUGUGAUACAUUCAUUGUUAAUACCCAUUGCUUCCAUGACUGCUAUAAGGGCAUGAAUUUGUUAAUGAAUACAUAAAUAUAUUUUCAACUUAUCUGCAUGUGUCCCUGAAAUAUUUCAAUACUGGAUGGUCUUACUUCUCAUCUGUGGUGUUAAUUCUCAGUAUAGGAGAAACCAGGCAUAUUUCUUCCCAAGGUUAUUUUUAUGUUUUGUAAAAGGAAACAUUAUGUUAGCUACAUUAGGGAUUUGUUUUGUUUUGUUGUAUUUAAAAAUUUAAUGCACUUAUAUGCUUAUACAUAUAUAUAUAUUUAUAUAUGCACACGUACAGACAUGGACUCAAACAUGAGCAUGCAGACAAAGACAGGCACACAAACACAUAGAAACAGAUAUAUGCAAACACACAGGCACACAAUGCAUAAAUCUAUGUACUUAUAUGGAAAUACACAGAUUACAAACCUGCAUAUGCACAUACACAUACAAACCUAUGUACUUAUAUGAAAAUGUACAUAUUGGUGAAAUUUUUAUACACUUUUUUUAAUAAAAAAGAUUUUUUGUAAAACUAUAUCAUAAUAUACGAAACACACACUUCCAUUUGAUAUACAUAUGUUUUUAAUAUGUUUACUAUAUUGGGAUAAAUAUAAUAACAUUUGCAUAUGGGUGACCAUAAGGAAUAACCAUUUAUUAUCUUAUUUGUCUGUCUUUCUAUGUACUAUAUAUGUACAUACUUUCAUAUUUUACACAUGGGAUGGAAUAAACAUACACACAGGAACACAGAUUGUAUAAUAUGCACAAGCUUAGAAAUUUGAGUCCUAUCUCAAAGUUAAAAAAAAAGAAAGUCUUGCUCAUUGUGAAUCCAGUGAAAAUCCUGUUUAUCUUUUUUAUGUAUAUUUGGGACCAACAGUGAAAAACAGAAAUUAGUCUUGAUAGACCUCUUUAAGUAAUGUAAAAAGUACAAUGAUUAGUCAUGUCACUUGCCACUUAAUAUUCUCAUUGUGAACCAUAGGGAAUUAAGGAAAUAUAUUGUUUAUAAAUAGGGAUCUUUUCACUCUUAUGCAGCAUUGCAUUUCCAUCGAAUGAGUCUAGAGAAUAGAGAAUAGGCAAGGUAUUUUAGGAGAUGUGGAAGACACAUUUAUGAGUUCCCUCACUUUAUUUUUUUGUGUAGAGAAGGUGUAAAUAAGAAUGGAGAACUUUAUGAAGCAAGAGAUAUAUUUGAAGCAUUUUGAUGAAAUCCUCUUCAAAAAUACAUCUUUUACUUUGUGAAAUUAUAUGUUCUGAUUUAUACUAUUUCUAAUUUAUCUCAAGGAACUUUUUAUUUAUUUUGCAAUAUACUAUGUCUUAAAAUAUACUCCUCUCAUUCAAUUAUUUAUAAAUAUUGAAGGGUUUGGAAGAAUAGUGUUGAAAUAUUAUUUUACUUAUUGGCUCCUUAUAUACGUAAGGAAAUAUAGAAAAACAUGUUGACCAACAAGUUAAGUUGAAAAGUAAUUUGAUGGUGAAAAUGUGUAUUCAACUAUUUAGAUAUGUUUAUGCUGAUUCAUUGUAUUAGAGCAGCCAUGUAGAGUCCAGAUAAUACCAGUUGUGUAGUGUGUAAGGCAAUGAAAGCCAGUAUGAAAUGUGCCAAGUUUUUGUUCUUCAUUUGUAUUAAUGAAUAAUAUAUUGUUUUUGUGAUGAUGCAUUUCUUUAUAUGAGGCAUAUAAAUUCAUUGGUUUAUUCAGUAGUGGUGCUGUGAGAUGCAUUUUCGUGCAUUUUGCCCUUUUGUAGGACAGUUAAACAAAAUUUGUAACACAUUUAGAUACUGAUUGGAUAUGAUUUUAGUUAUGUCUGAAAGGAGAAAAUGUGUGCAUAUUUUUGUAAGGUUUCAUCACAUGUUAUGUGUAGAAAUUUUUAGUAUUUUUUUGUCCCGUUUUUAAUUCACUGGUAUUUUACCUAAGAUAUAUGAGCAUUAGGUAUGUUCCUGUAGUUCAUGUUUUUGAUCAAUUUUCUAUUUUCCACUGUCCAAGCUCUCCUCACAGAUGAGGUUUGGUUGAAUGUUAAGCUUUUGAUUAACUUCUUUGCAUACACUGUCUUCAGAAGAGCUUCCUACCAGUUCUAUAGUUAGCUUAUAAUUGUUGAUGUUUCUUUAGAUGGCUGAAGUGUUGCACUUUUAAGAUUUUUUCCUGGCUGUUUAUUUAUUCCUAAGCCUUUGCUUAUAUAAAUCCCUAGGUGAAGUGGGAUGAGAGAUCUUUUGCAGUCUCUUAAAACUAAUACUAGCGGGGUGAAAGGACAUCCUUGCCUUCCCAUCUUUUUUUUGGAACAAAAUCAUUUUUAUUUGUAAUAAGAAAUAUUGUUAUGCUUUUAUAUAUUUCAUUAUUACAUAUAAUUGGGAGAUACUAGAACCUUGCUAAAUCUCUUUUACUGCCUAUUUGGUGAAGUAUGUGUACACUUCGGUUGUUUCUUGCACCAGCCGAUCUAGUCAUUUGAUCAACCAUUGAUACGAUGGGUUGAGUGCCCGGUUGAUUGCUUGGUGUGAGGAAUCAUUACUGCUCAGCUCUGUUUUAUGCGUCUACUCUGAAUCUGUACCUUAAGGCCCUACACUUGCCAUUACAGAAGGAUGCAUUACCUUGUUUUUUUUUAUGUAGCCUUAUGACUGAAUACAUGGUCCAUACAAUGUAAAGGAUUGAAAUACAUGAAAACUUUGCUCUUAAUGUCAAGUUGUCUUACCUCCUUUUUUCAGAAAGCCCUUCAGGGUAUUACAUCAGAAUCAUUGCUUGAUAUUGAUGGUGUUCAGCAGACUUUUAAUGUAUAUAUUUCCUCAAUAACUUAUUUUCCAGUACAAUCAAGGACCUUCAUGGAGAAGCAUCCUGGAAGAGUAGAAAGUAUCACUUAGAAUGUGAGAAAUUCUGCUGAUAAUACAUGUGACCAGUGAUACAAGAUACUGAUGAAAAGAAAUUACAAUCAUUGUAUCAUAUUUUCCUAGAUAUAUGUAGUGGCACUUUGUAGGUUGUACAGUGGUUGUAAAUAUCAAAGAUAAAUCUCAACUUUAACAAUUAUGUGUAUGAAUGAAUUGUACAAUUCUAGUAAGAGUGCAGGAUAGCACAUUGUCCAGAAAGAGAAAAAAAAAGAGAGACCAAUGAGGAUAACUGAAUAGUGUAAAAAAUGAUGCUCAAAGUGGUCAGAGACAGUAUUACAUAACAUAAGAAUGAAACUUACCAAAGAGUUGUUUGUCAGAAGAGCAAGAUGGUGGUGGAAAGUGUUUGUGAUGUAGAUGAACUCUUUAGUAGUAGAAAAUCAACUGCCAUGAAAAGUUGAAGAAAAGGAAAGGUGGUCUUUACUCCACAAUGGUAAAUAUAAAGUUUGUGAUGUGUCAAGGACUUUCAGCAGCAGAUGGGUGUUCCAUGGGCCUCAUAAUAAGUAAAAUGUGGCUCUUUGUUUCUACCUGUAAAAGUUGAAUUUACUUGCCUCAUCAUUCUGUGUGUAGCUUACUCACACCAGACAUCACUCCAAGUUGUUUUAUAUGAAGAUUCUUCUCAUAUAACAUCCUCCAGUUGAAUAAGUAAUUUCAUUAGUGAGGAAAGAAAAAAAAAGAAAUCAGGGCCAAAGAAAAAUAUUUGCUAAAUCUAAAAAGUGAAAAUGGAGGAUGUUAUACAUUUGUGUUUUAUGUGGUAAGUGUGAUAGUUGAAGUCAUAUAUAAUCUCCAUUGUACGUAUAUGUUGCCCCGGCCGUUCUGCAUGUGAGGGAUCUCUGUCACAAGGAAGUAACUUUAGCUCAACAUGAAUCUAAAAAUGAUGUAAACAUUAACAGAUUUAGUUUCAUGUAUGGUACCAUGCACUAAUAUAAAUCUGUAAAAAAAAAGAAUAGAAGAAGAGAAUGUCCUGUUCUCUAUUUUUAAACACAUUUUUUGGAAUUACGGUUUUAAAUUAUUGUAUGCUUUCUUGUGGCUUUUUUUCCUCUUUCUUGCUGUAGGCUCUGCACCUCCAGGGUCGUCUGAAGGACUGGCAUUGCUCCAUGUCUUCAUGUCAGCUGUGCAAAAGCAGGAGAUAGUAUGUAAAGCACUGUAUUGUCUAUAAAAAAAAAAAGAAACAAAAA